CUCGAUGGUUAAAAGUCUUUGACACAGAGAGGUUCUUCUGCUUGACUGUGUCAGGGAGAGAGAGAGAGAGAGAGAGAGAGAGAGAGAUUCUCUCUGUAAGCUGCGAACUACUGAUUCCAUUUCCUUUUUCUGUUUGACAAUUGCUGAGACUUGAGAAUCUCUACUGGCAGCAGGAAAAUGGCUUCGGAUGCGAAAGUUCACGUAUUCGAAGAGGUGGCUAAGCACAACAAAACCAAAGAUUGCUGGCUGAUUAUCUCUGGGAAGGUGUACGAUGUCACACCAUUCAUGGAUGAUCAUCCGGGAGGUGAUGAAGUUUUGCUAUCCGCAACAGGGAAAGAUGCAAAGAACGAUUUUGAAGAUGUGGGUCACAGCGAUUCAGCCAGAGAAAUGAUGGAAAAGUAUUACAUUGGGGAAAUAGAUUCAUCGACAGUUCCCUUGAAGCGCUGCUACAUUCCUCCCCAGCAACCCCCUUAUAAUCCAGACAAGUCCCCAGAAUUCUUGGUCAAGAUUUUGCAGUUUCUAGUUCCCCUCUUGAUCUUGGGGUUAGCCGUUGUUGUUAGGCACUACACCAAGGAGAAAUAAACGAAUGGCCAUAAGGAUUGUGCCCCAAUUGCAAGGGAAAAUGGAGUGACCUGGUUUGACUAGUUUCAAAGGAACUUGUUCUCCCUGUUUUCAGUUUAAAUCUCUUUUCUAAUUUGGUUUUGGUGUUGGUUGUGGAUGGGAUUUGCCAUGAUUGAGCAUGCAUGCAUGGUCAAAAGAGUACCCUAUUUUUGCUGGAUACUAAGUCACUUUUUUGCAUUUUGCUGGAUAUACUCUUUACUA